AAGAGACAUAGUGAGAGAGAAAUGGAUGCAAUGCGAAUUCUUCACAUGAACAAAGGAAACGGUGAAACAAGUUAUGCCAAAAACUCCAUUGUUCAGAGCAACAUAAUAUCUUUAGGCAGAAGAGUAAUGGACGAGGCCUUGAAGAAGCUGAUGAUAAAUUCAGAAAUUUUGAGCUUUGGAAUCGCCGACUUAGGCUGUUCAACCGGUCCCAACAGUCUCUUGUCCAUCUCCAAUAUCGUAGACACAAUCCAAAACUUGUGUCCUGACCUCGACCGUCCUGUUCCUGAGCUCAGUCUCUCUCUCAACGACCUUCCUAGCAAUGACUUCAACUACAUAUUUGCUUCUUUGCCGGAGUUCUACGACCGGCUUAAGAAGAGGGACAACAAUUCUGAGUGUUUAGGCUUUCACCACGGAAGUGGAGGACCGUGUUUUGUGUCGGCGGUUCCUGGGUCUUUCUACGGACGUUUGUUUCCUCGCCGGAGCCUUCACUUUGUUCAUUCUUCUUCUAGUUUACACUGGUUGUCUCAGGUUCCAUGUGGUGAGGUGAACAAGGUAGAUGGGGUGGCCAUAACAGCUGAUCUAGACAACAGAGGGAAAAUAUAUUUAUCGAAGACAAGUCCUAAGAGUGCACAAAAGGCCUAUGCUCUUCAAUUCCAAACCGAUUUCUCGGUGUUUCUGAGGUCACGAUCCGAGGAGUUGGUUCCUGGAGGCCGAAUGGUUUUAUCGUUCCUUGGAAGAAACUCACCUGAUCCUACAACCGAUGAGGGUUGCUAUCAGUGGGAACUCCUAGCUCGAGCUCUUAUGUCCAUGGCCGAAGAGGGUAUCAUCGAAGAAGAGAAUAUCGAUGCUUUCAACGCUCCUUACUAUGCUGCGAACCCCGAAGAAUUGAAAACGGCGAUAGAGAAAGAAGGUUCUUUUUCGAUUGAUCGACUUGAGAUAAGUCCAGUUGAUUGGGAAGGUGGGAGUAUCAGCGACGAAAGCUAUGACAUAGUACGCUCUAAAACCGAAGCCCUAGCUAGUGGACGAAGAGUAGCAAAGACAAUACGAGCCGUGGUAGAGCCGAUGCUAGAACCUACAUUUGGUCAAAUUGUGAUGGACGAACUUUUCAAAAGAUAUGCAAAGUUAGUGGGAGAGUACAUGUAUAUUAGCUCGCCUCGAUACCCUAUUAUUAUUGUUUCACUCCUAAGAAUGGGUUAAUCAUGUUAUAACUGAUGCUUUCUUACAUGUCUUUGGACCUAUAGUGACAUGAUUUGGUACUUUAACUAAAGAAGUAUAUGUAACGUCAUUUGCUUCCAGAAUAAAAUAAACAAAAAUGUGUGCUUUUGAG